UAUAGACAUAUGACUAGCUUUAAUUUAACAUCAAUUGACAUCGUCCACAGGCGUCUGAGAACAUUGUCACAGCCUAUGCUGAGCUCAGAAAUGCAAGCUCAAAUGCAAAGACAGGAGGAACACUUCCCAUAACUGCCAGAACCUUAGAAACCUUCAUACGUCUCUCAACAGCUCAUGCCAAACUAAAAUUGAGCAGAAAGGUUUCAAAGUCUGAUGUUGAAGCUGCUUUAAAGGUUUUAAAUUUUGCAAUAUAUCACAAAGAACUUACAGAAAUGGAGGAGCGAGAGCAAGAGAGGGAGAAAGAGCAAGACAGGAAGCGCAAGGCUGAUCAUAAUGAAAAUGAUGGUCCUGAUCGUGGUUCUAAAGAUAGAAGAGGAUCAACAUUAGGAACAGAUGCCAUUGAAGUAGAUGAUACCCCAGCAGCUGAAGCUAAUGUUGGACUCACCCCUGCAAGAAUUGAAGCAUUUAAUUCUCUAUUUGGUCAGCAUAUGCGAGCCAACCGCCUGGAUCUCAUAGCUAUUGCAGACUUAGAGAAUGUUAUCAACAGAGGGGCAGAUUCACCUUACACCGCUGCAGAUAUACUAUUCCUAUUAGAGAGGUUGCAAGAUGACAAUAGAGUGAUGAUAGUUGAUGGAAUGGUGCAUAUGAUAUCAUAAAAUCUAAGAUUGUGGCACAAUCUCAACGAAGAUUCAAAAAGGGCGCAGAAUUUGCCGCUCGGGCAGGAUGGAUUUCACAACGGAGGGAGAGGCUUGAGAAGGAUUUGGAAAUUCCAGAGUUCAUACCUUGCUAUCUGGAGUUCUUCGCUAACACAUCGACAAGGAAAUAGCUUAUGCGAUUGCAACUGCAUGUUAUUCUUCACAGAACAUUUAAAUUAAGAUAAACUUUGUUAUCCCCUAUUGAAAAAAUUUUGCGUUUUGUUCAUAUAAUUUGAUAGUGGCCUUAUCUUUAUGUAUUGCUACUCUGCUAACUGCAAAGUAUUCGUGUAAAACAAGAAUUUAGAAAUGACUGGUUUCCAUAGUUUUAAGUUC